AUUCACGUUGUUAAUUUCAAGUCUUGUAAAUUUCAUUUUUGUUCAGUCCGCACAUCCGAUUUUAAUUCAAACUUUACGAAAUUUAUAAGAGAGCACAUCAACCGUGGCACGCUAACUCGCCUUUUGUAUCCAUUCAGUUGGGUGGUUAAAUAAAAUAAACUACAAAUUCAAUUUAAAGUGAAAGUAAUGCCGUUUUUCGUUUCUUUUCAUUCAAUAAAUUACCAAGUAUCUCAACUUUACGAGUUCAUUGUAUGUUAACUACUCGUGUGUGUGUGUGUAGCCAUUUCAAUUGGAUGCGAGUAAAACCGACGAAAAAUAUUCAAAAAUUUGUUGCAAGUUCAUAGAAGUUUGCAUAGAAUUGGGAAACAAAGAGAAAAUUUAUCAUCUCCAAUAAGUGGCCUGUCAUCGUUUUUUUUUUGCUGGCCAAUUUCUUUUGUGCAACAAAAGAAACAGCAUCCUCAGCAGCCGCAGAAGUUAACAUCAUCAUUAGAUUACAUUAUAACUCUAUAAUCGUUGAAGAUCAGCAGUUGUGCUUGAAUUUGCAGUUCAAAUCGGCCGUUUUGUACGCGAAACAAAACACACAUAAUAACAAUCCGAUACUGACAUGUAUAUGAUACCGGAUGAUGAUUACGAUACGUCCAUUAAGCAUGCAAUGCUCCAUGCUGAUCUCAGUCAAAUUUACGAUAUGUCGAAAGAAAAGAGAAAUUUGAUUCUGCCGUAUGAGGAUCGUCAGAAGAUUAUACGUGAUAAGAAACGUGCAGAACGUGCUCAACUCAACUCGGCCGAUGGAGAUACGGGUGAAUUUCAUGAUCAAUUCUAUCGAGACCAUAAGCUAUUGUUGGUACUUUUUCGCGCGCUCGCUGUAAUGCCUAUCACUCGAUCAUCGCCCGGAAGAGUGACAUUCAGCUGGAAAUCGUUGGCCACAAUUUAUGCCAUCUUCUUCUACAUCGGAAUGACAGUUGUCGUAUUCUAUGUGGGCAGAGAGCGUAUUCGCAUACUUGGCGAAACGAAGCGAUUCGAUGAGAAAAUUUAUGCUUACAUUUUUGUCAUAUUUUUGGUGCCACAUUUUUGGAUACCGUUCGUCGGUUGGGGUGUGGCGAAAGAAGUUGCCGUUUACAAAACAAUGUGGGCUUCUUUUCAGGUUCGAUAUUAUCGGGUAACGGGACGAAAUUUGGUAUUUCCACGAUUGAAAAUGUUACUGUACUUCAUAUCAAUUGGAUGCUUAUUGUGCGCUCUCUUAUUUUUGAUGUCGCUAAGUGCAUUGCUUGAAGGCUUUUUACUCUGGCAUACAUCGGCUUAUUUUCAUAUCAUAACAAUGAUUAAUAUGAAUUGCGCCUUAUGGUAUAUCAAUUGCCGCGGGAUUAAGGAAGCAUCAAAGAGUCUUUCGAAUACUUUCAAAGAGGAUUUGAAUGAGGAUAUUAAUGCGUUCAUAAUAUCGCAAUAUCGUUAUCUGUGGCUGAAUUUGAGUGAGCUCUUGCAGGCGCUGGGAAAUGCAUAUGCACGUACUUACUCCACGUAUUGCUUGUUCAUGUUUGUCAACAUCACAAUUGCAGUUUAUGGAGCGGUUUCCGAGAUAUUCGAUCACGGAUUUAGAUUUUCCUUUAAAGAAAUGGGCCUCUUAGUCGACGCAACGUAUUGUUCAAUACUGCUGUUUGUGUUCUGCGACUGUUCGCAUAAAUCAACUUUAACGGUUGCUCAAGGUGUACAGGACACACUACUUUCAGUUAAUUUAUUCAAUGUUGAUUUGCCAACGCAAAAAGAGAUUGAUUUAUUCAUUCAGGCAAUCGAAAUGAAUCCAGCAGUGGUUUCGCUCAAGGGCUAUGCUGAUGUAAAUCGCGAACUGUUGUCAUCGUCAAUUGCAACGAUUACAAUUUAUUUGAUCGUCCUGUUGCAAUUCAAACUGUCGCUAGUCACUCAACAGCUGCCGACGUCCCUGCAGGCGCAUAUCGCAGCACACUCGUAAAAUCUACACGAAAAUGUGACCAACCAAGAUUUGGUUCCAGUUGGAUUCACUUCAAUAAA